AAUUAAAAAUAAAGGUAAAUUUUGCUAAAAAUAUUCUUGGAAUUAAAUUUAAAAAAAUGCUCAUUGUUAUGUUUCUUGUGGUGUAUUUCUCUAAUUUACACCCAAAGCUGUCACAGUAUUCCUUAAAGUUGUGCAGUGGACAAAGCUUUUAUCUCCUUCAGUCAUCUUCACAAGAGGUUCGGGGCACAACGGUAAUAAUCGUUAAGCAUUAGGGAUCUUAAAGGGAACCUCCACUCUUACUACAGAAUAAGUUUAAAUCGAAUAAAAUUAUGUUGAUAAACAAAUUUGUUUGAAAUUUGUCUUUAAAAAAGUGUUUAUAUCAGGAAAAGUGAAUUUUAAAAUCGCUUAUUUUCACUUUCAAAUUUCGCGGGCGCCGCCAUCUUGAAUAAUUGUGACGCGUUAUGGUUGCUCUAUUGUUCUGACACAAAGAGCUUUUGUUUAAUAACAAUAGGGCAACCAUUACACGUCACAAUUAUUCAAGAUGGCGACGCCCGCAAAAUUUGAAAACAAAAAUAGGCGAAUCUAAAAGUUAUUUCUUUCGGAUACAAACGCUUUCUUUAAAAAUAUUUUAGAUUGACUUGACUGUAACAGUUAUUUCCUGUGAUUUAAAGUUAUCUUUUUGUUGAAGUGGAGGUUCCCUUUAAGGUGAUGCCAUUUUUAGCGCAAAACAGCAUUGCAACAUUGUUGUCGUUUUGAAUAGUUACAACGUUGUUCCAACAUUCCCACGCUUUAUGUUGUGCUAAAAAUGGUCGUUGCGAAUCGUACUGUGUAACAUCACCUUUAACUCAACAUUGUUGGGACAUUGUUUCGAAUGGUCGCAACAUUGUUCCAAUAUUGCAACAUUGUAUUGGUAUGUGUAAUCAAAUGACGACGAGUGAAAUUAGGGAAUAACUUCACGCGCGUUUUGUCAGGGGCGUAGCGUCCAUAUACGCACGUACGCCCGUGCUUACAGCUGAGAUCUGAGAAAAAUUUUUUUCUCAUUAAAUUUGCUGGCUAAUAAUUUCAUAUUUUCACAUUAGACUGGCUUUUUUAUUAGAAUUCCCAUUAUCCAAGCAUCAAUCAUUCAGUGCUGGCCACUAAUAAAGGCAAAAUGCAUUUGGGUGGUGAGCAAAAAUAGGAAAAACACCUCAUGUACCCGUCUCUCAAGGUCAGCCAGCCUCACCAGUUUUCCCAGUCCCGCAGGUAUUCUUGAAGGAGAAGUUACUAUGCCAUGACGUGUGGCUUCAGAACAAAACGUAUUUGCCGUCAACGGAUAUUAGGAAUAUACUUGUGAGGUCAAACAGUGAAGCCCCAGGGAUUGAUUUUCCGAAGAAACUGUUAGAGAAUCCUAUGAAUAUUUCUGCGACUUGAGGAGCGUGAUCACUGGCUUCUGUAGUGUUUUCGUGUGUUUCGUGAGACAAAGUACACACAUAUGGCUCGAAAAUCGAUACACGAUUACUUCAACGUAAUUAACAAGACAACUAAACGACGUCUACAUGCACUGCCGAACGUAGCUUCAGUAGUAUGAAGAGACUAAAAUCUCCUCUGCGAAGUACGAUGACGGACGAAAGAUUAAGCUCCCUAGCAAUCCCUCAUAUACAUCAACAUAAGAACGUGGAUUGACAGGUUGGUAACGGAGUUGCCCGUCUUAAGGGUCGACGCCUCGCCCUUUGCUUGUGACCUGUCUUCAUUGUUUUUGUACACCUGUCUACUCCAUUUUUGCCGCAUUUUUUAUUGAAAAUGCCCCGCAGAAAAACCAGGAGAUGGCAUUUCCGAGACCCUAAAUUUCAAAAUUUUCUGGGGAAGCAUGCCCCCAGGCCCCCCUACUGAAGGCGCUUACGAAAAAUUUAUUCUCGUGCGUACAUAUUCAAAAUCCCACGCUACGCCCCUGUUUGUCCAAAUCCUUAUAAUUUCCCGAGCCUUUAGGCUGCUAUCAGUCGUUUGACCUUUUAACCUUCUAUCUCCCAAAAUAAACAAGAUUCUUUAGUGAAACAUUAUUAUGCAAAAUGAAUUAAUUUUAUGUUAAGUCAUCCAAGGCAGUCUUUUUCGAGUGCAUAUGUGAUAUAAAAAUGUACAAAAAAUUCAUCGCACCGAAAGGUUUUUGGCAAAAGAGCUAUGGGCUACCUGCCAUUUUUAGUUUGAGAAAUGGUAGCGAAAUUAUUCCGCUAUCGUUGAAAGCAAGACUGCGAGAUCUUUAAAACUAAAAUUAUAGCAAUCCGCCUGAUUUUCAACGAUACUGCGUCAUGUUUACUUCCCUAACUUGAUCUUGUUUUAUCUUGUUUAGAGGGAUGUUGACACUUAAAUCAGCUUCACCAAGAUUUUCUUUGAGUCAUCAAUUUUAGGACGGUAAGAGAGAACGACCCGCUAACACCACACACCCUGGGCGCUUUCCAUUUACGAAAAAAACCCGGAAAUUUCGGUGGUAGCAAAAGUGGAAUUUCCGAUUGGUAAAAAGUUGUUCCAUUUGGUCGUAAACCCUGGUACGUGGCCGAGUGCCCGACCGUGGACCUGGAACUGGUACAAACUACAAGAAACGUAAACGGAACACGACGUUCCGUUCGGAAAUUCCAACCGGGAAAACGGGACCACCUUUUUAGAUUUUCCACUUUUUCUGGGAAUUUUCCAGUGGGACGAACCGACGAAACGUGUUCCAUUUACCGCCGAACCGGAAAUUCCGGAAAUUUUGACUAAAUGGAAAGCGCCCCCUGUGACUUGAAACUGAGAUGAAACUGGUUAUUAUUGUACCGCUUUUCGUUGCGCUCUUAUGUAUCACUGCAGGUAUGCGUAAGUCAGUCGUAAAAAUCAAUUCGGUCUUCAAAUCUCGAUGCCGCUUCUCUAAAAUUUUACCAGAGCCCGGAUUGUAUAGGCUGGUCUCUUUUGCUUUCUUGGUUAUAUUCUGAAACACGCAAAGCUCACUCCAAGCAAGAGAGAAAUGACCAAGUUUUCAUAGAGUAAAAUUGAGUACUUCAGGUCAAGAUCAGAGUAAAAAAUUCAUUAAAUCUGGCUUUCAAACUCAACGAUAUAAACACAAAAAUUGCGACAAUUGAAGCAUGCAGGCCGGGUCGCUUUACGUCUCCCUAGUAAAGGCAGAAUCUUAUGCCUCAGAAGCCCGGCUACGUGGAAAAAAUCUGAGUGAUUCAAAUGACAAAAGUACGUAUAGGUCUGGACAAUAUACACUGGUUUAUCUGUCUACGCUUUUGAUUUUACGAAAUUCAAAAAACGAUACUCGCAACGCGGAUGACACACAACAAAAUCACGCGCUCACUGGGAUGGUUGUAGUCAACGUUCCUUGAAAUAACAGGUUGGAAGAGAUUUGUAACUCAUGCACUGAAAAGGGUAAUUUAUCGACACAUUAGAAGAAAAUUUUUUCUCACGAGGUUUUUUUUAAUUGUGGGUUUAAUUUCUUUUUCAGCUCGGUCAGAUAAUAAACACAAGAGAGAUGCCACUGAUAUCGCUUUUCGAAUAACUGGUAAGGAACUGACUCAUUUUCUUCAUUUUCCGGUAUUUUUACUUUUGUAUUUUCAGAUCACAACUUUUGUAUUUUGUAGUACAGUAACAGGCAAUAACCAAUUCCAUUUUUUCAUCACCAAUUAUAUAGGUCCCUGCCCCAGUGGUUGGACGCAUUUCAAAAGCUACUGUUACUUUGUGAGUAGCGCAGUCAAAAGUUGGCAAGCUGCUCGAACGUACUGCAAAAGCAAAGGCGGAGAUCUUGUGAAGAUCCACAGCGAUGAAGAAAACGAGUUUGUUCUGAACUUGGUUUAUAAACACGCCCCGUCGAAGAAACAGGUUUGGAUCGGACUGAAGUGGGACGCACAAGUGAGCAAGUUUGUAUGGGCUGACAACGCGCUUCCAAAAUACACCAACUGGCAACAUGGUGAACCGAACGGAAAAGCAUCAGAACCAUGCAGCAACAUGUGGACUGGACAGGCCUAUGGAGCUAAUGGUUAUUGGAAUGAUCUUCGCUGCUUAAAUCGCGACUGUGGUCUUGUCUGCAAGAGGCUGCCCUAGGCUGUAUCCAACAUCCUAGCCGAAGGUAGAACUGGCUUUCUAUAAAACUAAAGAGCACUAAAGCUAAACAUCAUGUAAAGUCGGCUUGAAAAUAAAAUAGUAAAAUCCUUCUUAUUUGUUUUCCCAUUUUUGGUUGUUUUGGUUGGUUGGACUAGUUAACAAAUUGAACAUGUGUAGGGGAACCUUCUUGUAACGUAUUUGGAAAUUUCACUUUUUAAGAUUCCACAUGUACAUACAGUCAUAAUAAUACAACAUGGCUUCAGUUUUGAACAAUGCAAAGUGCCGGAAUGAUGGAUCAGUCCAUAAAACUGAGUCUAAUGAAAGUUUUUGCUAAUGUCUUGUCAAGGAUUAGAGAUGAUACAUCGUUUUAUGAAAAUAUGCGAAUUGAAUAACUUCACAUGGGAUAAGGAGACCACUAUAAAUAGUUUUAACAGUCGAAGGAAGUCGUUUUAAUUUGGAAUCAAAUUGUGCAAACUAAAACAAAACAGACAGACUUUUGGCAACUUACUGUAAGGACACCAGGAAUGACAAUGGAACGAUAAAAUUCAAUCACAAACAUUGCCUGUCAAACUGAACAAUUCCUGAGAAUAACAGAUGUUAAACUUUUUAACGAUGACAAUUAUAGUCCUAUGUACAAGUUAUGAGUCAUUUUAGACACGUUCCGACGGUACAUCGCUCAACAUCAGUCAGUUAAAAAGAGGGUUUACUUUGCAAGUCAUCAACAUGGUAGAGCUUCGUCCUCCCUUGAGGAUCAUAGUCGAAGAAUGCAAUUUCUACUAUCCCUGAUUCCGGUUGUUUCCUGUGUUCAAGGAAACGGGGGAUGUAGACCUUGACGGGAAUUUAAGAGGUGGGGACGUUUUUACGGCAACGAAGUAUCUCCGGUCUGGUCCCUGCGCUACUUUAAAAAAUAAGGGGAGGCAGCAACGUGGAUGGCUUCUCUAGUUCCACCAUUGAAUUAUUUUCAUCUGCUAAAAGAUCACUGCAUGAUGGUUUCUUAAUCCCUUGACUGAUUAUCUCAUCUAUUUCAGUUUUCACAAGCAGAUAAAAAACGAUGAAAUGAGUCAAUCAACUAUCUCAUCUGUCGUAUUUGACACCAAUGAAAUCUGUUCCUCCUCUUCUGGUGCUAAGAUGAAUACAAUGCUAUUAAUUCAAUUAUUAAUCAUUUAUUCACUCCAGUUUUCUCAGUUUGCUCACCAACCUAGCAAAUAUUAAAGCGAGUUUUUGUUUUUUCUUUAGUUUUAAGCAUACGAUACAGUUAGGUUGGGUCAAGUACUUCUCUUAUAGCGAAAUGGAUAUCAACUUUUCCUCGGUGUGAAUGUUAGACUGUCUAUUUUUAACACAACUUAAUGUCACCAGAACUUUUUCAGCCUACUCAUACACAGAAGUGGUUAAUAAGAGUAAUUAAACUGAGUGCAGUGCAAUUUGAUCUGAAAUCAUACGCGUGAUUUAAAAAUUGAACGAAGCCGCAACGCGGCGAGCUCGAUUUGAAACCACAAGUCCACAAUUGCACGUCACGAAGUUCAAUUACCACUUUAUUACAGCCAUUUUGAAAUCGCAGAAUUCACAGAAUUCAGUCAGUACAAUUAUAAUAUUGAUCUAGUAGCAGAUCUCGUUGAAAAGGGGAAACAAAAUGGCUUCACAUCUCAUUUUUUCUAUGAGACAGAAAUGAUGCGAUGUGAGAGCAAAAAUGGUGCGAUUUAAAACAGAAAUGAUGUUCUUUAGAACAUGAAUGAGGCCAUUUAGAACAGAUGUGAUUUAUGGCAAAAAACUGAAGUGUGAUUCGUGAAUAAAUCACACUGGUGAGAACCAAUCAGAGUACAGGGAUCACCAGUUAUUUCAAAAUGCCUUAUAGUAAAAGACGAAACCUCUUGGAAAACUAAAAUUUAGAACUGAAAAUGAAAAACGAGAACUUAAAAAAACUAAAACUAAAAAUGAAAUAAAACUAAAAAUGAGAACUAUCAGCCAACUCUUCCCAUUUGAUUUCCAUGUGAUGUCUACACCAAUGCAGGUGCUUUCUAGUCAAUCAUAACCUAAAGCUUAAACCUUCGAGGAAAUAAUUCGCAAUGAUGGUUAAGUCUAGUCUGCUACACAGCCGUUUUUAGUGUCGUCACGCAACGCUCCUCCAUUGCGUGACGACCCUAAAAACGGCUGUGUAGCAGACUAGGUUAAGUCAAACUACCGUAUAUUUUUUUGACCUUCAAACUAGAACGGGUCUAUUACGGCACAAGCUGGACAAUGAAGUGUCCCAAGAGAGCUCUCUUGAGUGUCCACAUUAGCAAAGUUGGUUUUUGGCUUGAGAAUUCGUAAAUGUUUAAUUGAUAUACCCCUUACACAACGAAUGUCCCAGACGGCAUGGCGUCUUACGUUUGCUCUUAUGUGACCAGGGAAUCUAAGUUUUUUUUUCAUAAAAAUCGUAUGCUGAGCAGCCUGGAUUUCACAGGCCGUCAGGGCACUGUGUAAAUCCUUGUAUUAACGUCUUUCACAGAAGAUAUUUAUGUGUAACGACGUUUUGAUAGACGAAGAACGCUGGUGUCCAGAUGGUGAUAUUACAGCUUAAACUAUACAACUGACUAUAAGUUAUAGUUAUUUCUAUCUGACGAGUGAUCUAUGAACAUUUUAAAUAUGAGAAAUGAUCAAAACAUAAGAAAAUAUGACAAUAUUGCAGAAUGUCGUUAACUCCUAGCACAAAAAGUCCCACUGCAUGAGUAUGUUAUGAAAAAGGGUUGAUUUAUACAUAUAAUUGAACGCAUUGUAUAGUUGAAUGAGCGUGCAGCCAAUAAUGUUUUAUUACCAAGUUUAGGUACAGCUGACCAUUGUUAGCCUCCCAUGCACACGUUCUUGGGGGUUCGUCACGCGUUCCUGCCCGUGGCUUUACUAAUGAACAGCCUAAAGGCUUUACUCAUAUCGGUAGUCAGGAUAGAUGCGAGUUCCUUAACUGUCGACAGCUGAUUUCCAAUCUUUUACUAAACUAAGCAUAGUGGUCAGACAGCUAUGGUGAGUUUUAUACGGUGUCGUUCUCUGAUGAAGAGUUAGAUCAUGUUGACCAGUGAUUUGUUUACUAAGCAACUAUUCAAAUUUCUUAUUGACAGUAACAAGAGAUGUGAUUGGACGAUAGUUCUUCUACUCGAGUCUGUCCCCACUUUUAAAUACUGGCGUCCAUCCUCCCAUUUUCCACGCACAAGCCAUUUCCCCAAUACAAUUCAGCUGUUGUAAGGCGUUGUUAGUGAUGGCCCAAUUUUACUGUCUCACUUUCAAGGAGUUUUGAUGGUGCAUGCUCUGGGGUCCCAUCCACAGGACUUGUUAGCCUUGUUACUUUCCAGCGCCUUUUGCACCUCGUACUAGCCUGCGUAGCAUGGCGGUUUUGUUUGGGCGCGCUAAGUAAUAAAGGCGGGCGAGGGCAGAGAAACCGCAAAAAGAUUGGGGCGAGAGCAACUUGAAAAACCUUUUCUCACGGCUUUGCCGCUCGUUCUCGUGCGCUUCGCGCGCGAAUUUCGCGGCUACGCCACUCGUGCGCCCGGCUUGACAAAAUCGCCAUGCAACGCAGGCUAGCUUCUCUUAUAGCAUUAAUACUGCAAUGAUUGUCAAGGUUUUCUUCUCUUAUGCUGGUGACAUGGUCCUCCGCAAUACUGUUAGCUGCGGUGGUGAAAUAGUUGGCUAAUUGCUCAGCCACUUCAAUUUGACCUUCAACUCUGCACCCUUCGGAUUGCAGGCAUAUCAUGUUGGAAUCUUUCGUUUUGCUACUAAUGAACAGCCUAAAGGUAUUAAAAACACUCCCUUGGUUGGAUUUGAGCUCCUUUGAUUUAGCAAACCAAAAUGAUAUUACAAUCUUUCUGCUUUCCCGCGUUGCAAUAUUCGUAUACUUUCUUUUGAGUUCCAAAUUCUCGGGUGUUCGGUUGUUCGCAGACUGAGUGUCUUGUUCGUUAUCGCCUUUCUCCAAGUUAAAGUCAUGUAGGGUACGUCCUUAUCACGCACACGUUUCCUCUUGAGGGGGGCGUGGUCCUGCGCUAUGCUCCCAAAGAGAGCGUACCAGUAAUCAUACUGGUCAUCUGCCACAGUGCAUCUUAAAGAUUGUUAAGCUGACCAAAAUCAGUGUUUUUCAUUUGCCUGAAGGUAAGUACCUUCGGUCUACCCUUUCGAAUUUUCUCACUCAUUUCUCCGUAGACCAUGCAGUGAUCAUUUAGGCCAGGGUCGUACGUUCCUCAUUUUUCAAAGUGCUCAGUAGUAUUUGUACGUAAAACGUCCAAUAGAGUUUAUGAUUCUUGUUAGUUCAGUUGUCAGGCAUUGGAAGCUGUUAACUUCUUCGAGAUCCUCAAGAAUCUUCCCGUCUGCGCUUCCAGGUCUAAGCCUGUCCAUAUUUAAGUCGUCAGCAAUGACGACAGUCUGAUUAAACAAACAACUCCCAACAACAAAACAAAAACUCCCAACAACCCGCAACAACAUGCAACAACGUGUGCAAACACUUAGCAUCCAACAAUAUUGGGAGUUGUUGGCCAACAAUGUUGCGUCCGUUUGCACGGGGCUUAAGCUCUCAGCGAAGAGCUUAAACGGGUAUGUGCUGCUGAACAAGGUAUGGUUUUCACGGUCUUAAGUCUUAAACAGGGUAUACAAUUUCGCUAUUUAGCGUCUUGGACAGAGUGUCUUUUUGCACCGGGGAAGCCUUUAAAAGGGUGUGAAGGAUGGCUAUACUAAGGUCUUCAUUUGUAAUACCAAGCUAAGUUUCUUUUUCCAAAAAAAGAAAACUAAUUCCAUGAUGGCAGUUAAAAAAUUACUUUCGUUGUAUAUACGGAACGAAAUGAUUCGGGAUCUGACUUAGACAGGAUCAGGGGUUGAAGGCCUCUGGGUGGAACACCUCAAACCCCCAAACUUCCCUUGAGGAUCCCCCUGAGACGAUGUAUAUGUGACGAUAUUUACUUAUUUUGCUUCAAUAGAGGUUGGCCUUUAUUUCCAUACAGGAGCAUUGUCAAACUUGUUAGCAAACAUCACCCAUUAUGGCUCUUGCCAAUUGAUCUGUCCAAAUAAUAUACUAGAUUGUGCUAGAUAUUCAGGCCGCAUCAACUCAUCAACAUUUUGUUCACAGGUCUUCCUGCCCCUUUAAACUCCUUAGUUCCCCUCGGCUUACUCCGUGUUCCUUUUACCUUUUCUCGUACCGGAAGGCCUUGCUAACGCUUAAUCUACCUGUGAACAUAUAUGGCGAUUAUAGUUGUACGCUAUUCUGUACUUCCGUGUUUCCUUGAAUGAUUUUUGCCUAAAAGGGGACGCUUCUACCAACAACAAGAGAGGAUAAAGAGCUUUAUCCUCUCUUGCCAACAGCUAUUCGAUGAGGGCGCUAAAUGCAUGAUUUUUUGACUAACCAUAAAUUUUCAGGUUAAAAUAUUUUAAUAAACAAAUCAAUAAAUGAGUACCACACGAAGUGAUACACAAAAGACUAUUCUCCUUUAUUAUUGUUGGUGCAGUUUAAGUUAAAGAAAUAAUAAAUGUGGGAAGACACCUUCUUUGUGAGUACUACAAGAAGUAUACAAGCGCUUCUGGUGGUAUUUAAGAAAGUGGUGGUAAAGGGACCGCUUAUUCGAGAAAUAGGGUAUUUUCAGUCGAACCUUUAUUUACACUGAUGUGUUGACAUUUCUUAUGUUACUAAAUGUCUGACUGCUAAAAAGGAGAAGGUGGCUAUCCAUAGUGUUGUCCAUAAUUAUAUUUGCCUUAAUUUUAAAAAAAAAUCUGCUAUCUAUACUCUAAUCAAAGAAAAUUUGUCAGGGAAAGAACUUCCUAUUGUAAAUAAGGGUUUAGACGGAAGUCGUUGGACCUUUCAGCCUCUCAUCUCCCUACAUAAACAAGAUUCUUUAGUGAAACAUCAUUAAGCAAAAUGAAUUUAUGUCAAGUUAUCCAAGGCAGUCUUAUGGAGUGCAUAUGUGAUAUAAAAAUGUACAAAAAAGACAUCGUACCGAAAGGUUUUGGCAAAAGAGCUAUGGGUUACUUGCAAUUUUUCGUUUCAGAAAUGUUAGCGAAAUUAUUCCGCUAUCGUUGAAAGCAAGACUGUGAGAUCUUUAAAACUAAAAUUAUAGCAAUCCGCCUAUAAUUUUCAACGAUACUACGUUAUGUUUACUUCCUAGCUUGAUCUUGUUUUAUCUUGUUCAGAGGGAUGUUGACAAUUAAAUCAGCUUCACCAAGAUUUUCUAUCAAUCAUCAAUUUGAGGACUGUAAGAAAGAAGGUCCCGCUAACAUCACACAUCAGAGAUACAGUCCAGCCCUGAGACUUUGAACUGAGAUGAAACUGGUUAUUACUGUACCACUUUUCGUUGCGCUCUUAUGUGUCACUGCAGGUAUGCGUAAGUCAGUCGUAAAAAUCAAUUCGGUGUUGAUGCCGCCCGGUUUGAAUAGGCUGGUCUCUUUUGCUUUCUUGGUUAUAUUUUGAAACACGCAAAGCUCACUCCAAGCAAGAGAGAAAUGACCAAGUUUUCAAAGAUUGAAAAUUGAGUACUUCAGGUCCAGAUCAGAGUAAAAAAUUCAUUAAAUCUGGCUUUCAAACUCAACGAUAUAACCACAAAAAUUGCUACAAUUGAAGCAUGCAAGCCGGGCCGCUUUACGCCUCCCUAGUAAAGGCAGAAUCUUAUGCCUCAGAAGCCCGGAUAAGUGCAAAAAAUCUGAGUGAUUCAAAUGACAACAGUACGUAUACGUCCGGACAAUACGUACACUGGUUUAUAUGUCUACGCUUUUGAUUUUACGAAAUUUAAAAAACGAUACUUGCGACGCGGAUGACACACAACAAAAUCACGCGCUCACUGGGAUGGGUGUAGUCAGCCUCCCUUGAAAUAACGGGUUGGAAGACAUUUGUAACUCAUGCACUGAAAAGGGUAAUUUAUCGACACAUUAGAAGAAAAUUUUUUCUCACAAAGCUUUUUUUAAUUGUAGGUUUAAUUUCUUUUUCAGCUCGCUCAGAUGAUAAGCACAAGAGAGAUGCCACUGAUACCGCUUUUCGAAUAAUUAGUAAGGAACUGACUCAUUUUCUUCAUUUUCCAGUAUAUUUAUUUUUGUAUUUUCAGAUCACAAUUUUUGUACUUUGUAGUACAGUAACAGGCUAUAACCAAUUCCAUUUUUUCAUCACCAAUUAUAUAGGUCCCUGCCCCAGUGGUUGGACGCAUUUCAAAAGCUACUGUUACUUUGUGAGUAGCGCAGUCAAAAGUUGGCAAGCUGCUCGAACGUACUGCAAAAGCAAAGGCGGAGAUCUUGUGAAGAUCCACAGCGAUGAAGAAAACGAGUUUGUUCUGAACUUGGUUUAUAAACACGCCCCGUCGAAGAAACAGGUUUGGAUCGGACUAAAGUGGGACGCACGCCUGAGCAAGUUUAUCUGGGCUGACAACGCGCUUCCAAAAUACACCAACUGGAACCCUGGUGAACCGAACGGACAAGCAUCAGAACCAUGCAGUAACAUGUGGGCUGGACAUGACGGCGGAUCUAGUGGUUAUUGGAAUGAUCGUCCCUGCUUAAAUCGCGUCUUUCCCUGUGGUCUUGUCUGCAAGAGGCUGCCCUAG